AUGGGGAAUCUGGCGCAUGUAUCUCCCUGCGCUGAAAAUGUCAGAUCGAAGCGUAUGACCCCGCUAUCGCAGCUCAAAGCGUCUGAGAGGAGAUUUUCGAGCGGAACUGAGCCGCGCAUGGACUCCAAGAUGAACCCGGUUCAGGGUGGAUCUCAACUUCACCGCGCGUUUAUCGCGCUGGGGAGUAACGUGGGCGAUCGGGUUGAAAUGAUUGAAAAGGCCUGUCUGGAGUUGGACAGGGCCAAUAUCAAGGUUAAGAGGACUAGCUCGCUGUUUGAGACGACGCCGAUGUAUGUCUUGGAACAAGAUACUUUCAUCAAUGGAGUCUGCGAGGUUGAAACUACUCUCGCGCCGAUGGAGCUGCUGGAUACUCUUCAGUCUCUUGAGAACGCCCUGGGCCGCAAGAAGCUGAUCGACAAGGGUCCGCGCUCUAUUGAUCUGGAUAUUUUAUUAUACGACCAAGAGGUCUUCUCUCAUGAGCGUCUAAUCGUUCCACACAAGCUCAUGCUAGAGCGAGACUUUGUCCUCCGGCCACUCUGCCAAUUAAUCCCCCAUGAACGACCUCCCCAACAAGGCAAGAACACACAAACAUACAGCGAAUAUCUCAAAGCUCUGCCACCCCCAGAGCCCACCCCCCACUCAACAACACCAAUCUCUUCAACCUUCCCAUCCCUCCAUGCCACAGAUCCCACCCGCAACACCCACGUCAUGGCCAUCCUCAACCUCACCCCCGACUCCUUCUCCGACGGAGGCACCCACUCCCCAACAGACUUCACCCAACUCACCAAAACAGUCCGCGACUUCAUCUCCUCCGGCGCAACAAUCAUCGACAUCGGCGGCGAAAGCACCCGCCCGGGCUCCACGCCCGUCGGCGCAGACGAAGAAAUCGCCCGCGUCGUCCCAGCAAUCACCCACAUCCGCACCUCCAUCCCGGAAGCAGCCAACAUCGCCAUCAGCAUCGACACAUACCGCGCGCGCGUCGCGGAAGCAGCCUGUGCCGCCGGUGCAGAUAUCAUCAACGACGUCUCCGCCGGCCUACUAGACCCGGACAUGCUCCCCACGGCCGCACGCAUCGGGAAAUCCAUUAUCCUAAUGCACAUGCGCGGCACGCCGCAAACCAUGACUAAAUUAACCUCGUACCCUCACGGAGUCAUCCCCGAAGUAGCGGCCGAAUUGCGCGCCCGUAUCGCCGCCGCCGAAGACGCGGGGAUCCGGCGCUGGCGCAUCAUUCUCGAUCCGGGGCUAGGCUUUGCGAAGAAUCAGCCGCAUGAUCUGGAGAUUUUGCGGGGGUUGGAUGUGUUGAGGGGUGUUGAGGGGUUGGAGUGUUUUCCUUGGUUGAUGGGGCCGAGUCGGAAGAGGUUUAUUGGUCAUAUUACUGGUGUGAAGACACCGAAGGAGAGGGUUUGGGGCACUGCUGCUACAGUGUCUGCUAGUGUUGCUGGUGGUGCGGAUAUUGUGCGUGUGCAUGAUGUGCAUGAGAUGUGGCAGGUUGCUAAGGUUGCUGAUGCGAUUUAUCGUGUCUGA